UAUUUAUAUUAAAAUAUACUAUGUGUAUCUAUGUCAAUAUCAAUAACGUUUAAUUAUAUACCAUAUAAAGCAAAAUAAAGUGACUGUUUUGAUUUAUUUACCAAAAAUAUGAUUGUAAAUAAACAAAAUUUAUUGAUUUUGAUUUAUGUACUUAUUCUAAUGUAUAUACUUUUAUGUAUACAAAUUAUUUUAAAUAUGUGGUUUCUAAUAUGUUAUUUGAUCCUGACAAUCCGAGAAAUACACUUUUUCAAAUCGAAGUGGUUUUUAAUAUUGGAAGCACUAUAUGUUUUUUUCAUUCAGAUUAAAUAUUUUAGUCUUGAUUUUUAUUUCUAAAAAUAUUUUAAUUAAAUAUCAUGACAAAAUUUCAGUCACCUUCUUUUGAGUUUGCUCGAAGAAUGAGAGAUUUAAUCAUUCGUCUAAUAUUUGUUUAUUCCUAAUAUCCUAUCUAUCUAUUAUAAUUUUAAGAAUGAGAGAUUUGAACUAUUUAUUAUUAAUUUUCUGGUUUAUCAUUUAAUAAAUCAAACAGUUCUUACUUUAUACAUAGUUUACAUAUACUAAAAUAGUACAAUAUUAUAUUUUUUAUCGGUAUAGUCUUAAUUAAUUAAACCUCAAAACUGUAGGUUAAUAAAAUAAAUAAUUUGUUUUGUUCAUCUAGAAUUAGAUGAUUUUUAGACCGAAUGGUAAAUAUAUACUAGACAUAUAUUUAUACUUCGAGUCUGCACUUAUAUUCUAUAACAACUUGAUAUAUUAGAUUUGAACAUUAAUAUGUGAAUAUAAUUUGCUUUUGAUUUUCUUCAAAAUUUUUGAUUAUUAGAUGUUUAUCUGAAGUUGAAUUAAUUUUUACAGAUAUCAACCAUCUUUUUUAAUUGAUAUUUAUGUAAUUCACCGAAUUCACGGAAUUUAAAAAAAAAAACAAAAUUCACAUCACUGAAAAGUAGACUAUUAUCUACUGUCUCAUUUAUUAUCUACUGACACUGUAUAUAUCAUUAAAUAUUUUAUCUUCAUCUACACUUCGGCUUCACGUGGACAUUUAAUAUUUUCUGUGAUACUAAACAUCAUUAUCAUCCUAUCUCAUUAACUCAAAGUAAUGCAAGUCUUUUUUUUUUUUUAAACAGGGUAAUGCAAGUCUUAUGAAGAACAGAAGAGGAGUUGCAGUGCCGCCUAGUGCGGCAGUGCAAAUGCACAAGUCCCACAUUUUUGGUUCAACUUUUUUAAUUGUUUUAAGACUUUCAAUUUUGGAAUUUCUAUAUUUUAAGGAUCUAAUUUUUAAAUUGACUAUCAAUUAUUAUUAGGAAAGGAAAAAAAAUAUGCACAUGGCCUACUAAUCUUUUAAGCCGGGCCUAGAUAGAAGAGUUAAAGAACCAAAGUAAUAAGGAACAUCUGUUAUAACCAGGUUACCAGCAGAUUUUUAUUACACGUCCUGCGAACCCAAACAACCUCCAUAGGUGCUAAAUUUUUUCCGCCACUGUCUAAUAUCUCGGAUCACCGGGUUCUGUUAUCACCUUCAAAAUGUGCAUAUAUAUACCAUUUGUGUCCAAACAAGUUUAGAUAACCAUGAGGAAAGCUUUGUAACUCAGUUUCCAAAACUUAUUUGCUGAUGAUGAUUCCAUACUUUUUCUUGCUUCAAAAUAUAAUCCUUGUGAAUCUCGUAAGAUCUAAGUUAUUGACGAAGUUAACCCAUUUUCUUGAGAUUGGCAAUGGCAGUUGUAUUUCACAUAACUUUGUCUUGGACGACUCCAUGUCAUUUAUACCCACGUACUUUAUCAAAAAUCAUUUAUAACCACGUGCCUGUGUUAAAUUUGAAAAAGUCUACUACUUCAAAAUUUUAGUUUUCUUGGUUCUGAGUUUCUGACUAUCUGGAACUUCUGCUAGACUUGCCCCGAGAUAAGAUUCUUCUAUUUUUAUCGGAUAACAUUUCCAAGUGGUAGUACUAGGGCUGGAAUUUUUAGAACCGAAAUUUAGGUUAGUCCGAUGAGAAGUUCAGUUCGAUUCUGUAUAUUUAUAAAAAAAACAUUAGUUUUCGGUUAGGUUCAGUAAUCGGUUAGUUCGGUUUUUCAAAAAAUAAUUUUGUUAACCAAAUUUCGUACAGAAAACCAGAAUUAAUCAAAAUUUCGAAGAGAGGUAACCAAAAUUAUCCAAAUAUUUCGAAUCAACCUAACCAAAUUAACUAAAAUUUGAACCGAAUUAACUAGACAAACCAAAUUAACUGAAAUUAUUCGUAUUUAAGUGAUUUUACCUAAAUUUUUAACCGAAAUAUAAUCAAAACUAAAUACUACGGUUAGUUUCAGUAAUUUUAUAGAAAACCAAACUACCCAAAUACCGAACCGAUUCAAUUUUUUAUGGUUCAGUUCGGCGAGAUUUUAAUGGAACCGAACUACCCGAAAAUAGAACUACUCGAACCAAAUUACCAGAACGACCUGAACCCGCAUGCCUACGUAGUACAUUCAAUAUAAAGGAGAAAAAUGGACGAAAGCAGUUGAGCCAUCUUAAAAUGCAUGGUAACUCGUCUUAACACACAAAGGCAAAAUGGUAAUAUCGUUCUUUUUACGAAAAUCAUGUUCAUAAAAUUAUUCAUCAAUUCUCUUGAGCAAGAUUUUUGAGCUUCAAAAACAACAGAACUAUUGUAAAAAUAUUAUUUAUUGGAAUAAAUUUAACAUUCUUUUUGAAAAUACAGUUUUAUAUAAGAAAAUUAAAUGCAAUGUAAUCCAAAAUUCUGAUCAAAGGUCUGAAGAAAAAAAAAGAGAUUUAAUCUCCUCUCUUUCUCUCUAUGAAAGAUCCAGAGAGGGAAUAAAUAAAAGAAGAGAGAGAGAAAGUCAAAAGUAUUUAUAUAUCUAUCUAUCUAUUCUAUUAAAAUUAAAGUACACUCUAGAACCAACAUCUACUCUCGUAUGUAAUAUUACAAAAAUUGUCACUGAUAAUUAGACAAAAAUUAAAUUUGUCAGUAAUAGCAUUCAUUUUAUUCAAAUGAUAAAAAAAAUCGUGUAGCUAUAAAUAGGAGAUUAAAUACAGACCAUCAUCGAAUUGUAAAUAAGACAUUAUAUGCAUUUAGUGUUACUAAAUAUUUUAUAUGAAUUUAAUAUGGUCAAUACGUAUCUUAUUGUUCAUGCAAUUCCCAACCAAAUUUAUUUAUUAUGAUACUAAAUCUUUCUGGAACUGUUUAGUUAAUGUAAGUUAUUUAACUAUUUUGGCUUAAUAUUUGUUUAAACUUACGUGAUACUAAAAUGAUGGUUAAUAUUAUGCAUCUAUCUCACAAAUAUUAUGCAUUUAUGCUUUUUUAAAUUCAUAUAAUAGCAUAGAAAAUAAAAAAUAUAAGAAAAUAUGCACAAGAAACCAUCUAUUCAAAAUUGAAGUACACUUUAGAAAUAACCUCUACUCUCAUAUGUAAUAUUACAAAAAUUGCCACUGAUAAUUAGACAAAGUUAAAUUAUUUAUUAAUGGCAUUCACAUAAUUCAAAUGAGAAAGAAAUCGUGUAGCAUUUAUAAAUCUAUUCUAUUAAAAAUUAAGUUCACUUUAGAAAUAACCUCUACUCUCAUAUGUAAUAUUAAAACAAUUUCCACUGAUGAUUAGACAAAAGUUAAAUUCUAUAUUAAUGGCAUUCACAUAAUUCAAAUGAGAGAAAAUCGUUAAGCAUUUAUAAAUAGGAGAUUAAAUUCAGACCAUCAGCAAAUUUUUAAAUUAAAAAUUAUAUGCAUUUUGUGUUACUAAAAAAAUUAUAUGAAUUUAAUAUGAUCAAUACGUAUGUUAUUGUUCAUGUGAUUUCCAGCUAAAUUUAUAUAUUAUGAUACUAAAUCUUUCUAGAACUGUUUAGUUAAUGUAAGUUAUUUAGUAACUAUUUUGCCUUAAUAUUUUAUAUACAUUUACAUGAUACUAAAUGAUGGUUAAUAUUAUGCAUCUAUCUCACAAAUAUUAUGCAUAUAGGCUUGUUAAUUAUUACAAUAGCAUAGAAAUUAAAAAUAUAGGAAAAUAUGCACUAGAAACCCAUGAUUUUAAAAAUUGUAAAAAAUAUUCAUACAAAUUUUGAAAAUCGUGCCAUAAUUUAUUAAAAUAUAUUCCUUAUUCCUUAUUUGUUAUUUUAACAUUUUCCUAUUACUUUAAACAAUCAAUUAAAAUAUAUUUAUGACCUAUAAACAUUUACAAAUCAUACAUACCAUAUAUGAACUAUAUUCAGUUUCUUAGUGGCAUGGUAUCUUUCUGAGAGUCUUUAGCCUUUAAGCAAUUCAUAUCUACCAAUAGUUGGAUUUUUUUCUUUCUCUGCAGUUAUUAUUUAAUCAUAUUACCUAACUCGGUAAAAAAUUGUCAACAGAAAUAUAGGAAAACCACAAAGGAUAAAUAAAAGGAAAAUUUGAUCUAUAACCUAAAAAAACUAUAACUAAGUGAAUAUAUAUUACAAUUGAAUGGUUAGAAUAUAACCUACACAUUAUUUUCAUUCCUUUUUUUAUUCUUAUAAUCAUGUUUUCCUUUCAAUUUUUAAUAUCUUUUAAUUUUGCAUAAUACAAUAAUUCAGUUUUGUAUUUUACAUAUUAAAAACAUAGAUUGUUAUCUACAUAUAACAAGUUUUUACAUUUAAAAACACACAUAUUUUAUAAAUUCUAUUUAUAUUACAUAAACUAAGUUUUAAAGCUAUAUUAUAUUAUAUUAUAUUAUAUUAUAUUAUAAAUUCAAAUAGUAUAGUUCAAAUUCUCUUUUAAAUAAGAUAUCAUUUUGUAUGUUCUAUUCUACUUAUUAAAUAUAAUAGAAAUGUAACUUUAAAUUUUUUCUCUUACGUUUUAUAUAUUGUACUUUGUAUUCACAUAAAUUGUUUUAUUUAUGUAUAAAAAUAGAAUAGUAUUGUAUAGCCUAUUGUUGACAAAAUUUUAUAACGUCUCUGUUAUGCGUUCACUUGCAGCAAAAAAAUAUUAUCCUCACAAAUGCAUACCUGUCUCAUCCAGUUCUUAUGGUUAUUUAUUUAGUUUCAUUUUCUCUUAUGUAUAUUACACUAGGUAACUCUAAAUAAAAACAUGUUUUUAUACAAAAAUCUAUAAAUAAAUUAUGUGUUAUUUUAUAAAAAGAUAAAAUAUUUAACUCAAAACACAAAAUAUUAAAUUUGCAUCACAAAAUAUUCAUAGAACUGUUUAUUAGAAUCUACAAGUAAAUUAAUGUACAUUUACAAGAUUAUUAUAUUGUGUUAUAGUAACCAAAUAUGUAAAUAGAUUUUCACAGUUGGUUUUCUUAGAAAAGCUGUUCUGAAUUAGAAUUAUUUUCAAAAUCCAAAGUUAUUGUCCACCUAAAAUAAUAAUUGAUAAUUAAUUAUAUAAAAGUUUCUAAAUACAAAAAAUCUUAUAAAAAUCUAUAAUAUUAUUAUAUGAUUUCUCAACCAAAACAAAAUUCACUUAUAGAGCGAAUCAAAUCAAAAUCUAAUUUAUAUAAUAAAACAUAGGUAGUGAUUGAAACAGUGGGAUCAAAAGCUGAGAAAAAGUGAAACUGAAUAUAAAACUUUCUUUUGACAUAUUAAUCUAUUUUUACUCUUCUUCAGCGUUAAUGGGCUGAAAACAUUUUCCUCUUGAUUAGAUAAAAAUUUAGAAUAAUUCAGUAGAAAACAAAUUUACUUCAGUAUAUUAUUGAUAGAAGUGCGAUCCAGACUUCCGGGUAAACCCAUCACUUGAAGAAAUAAAAUUUGAUAUCACGAGGAACAUAUAUGCAUAGUUCAUUUUGUAUUUUAUUUACUUUAAUCAAAAGAAACCUUCUCUGUGAGAGCAGGACCAUUUUUAAUAUGUCUUAAGCAUUAUAGUAGCUGCAUGUGUUCACCUCGAUUAAAACAUCUCCAAUCCAAAAGACUUUGUUAAAACAAAAAUCUUUAACAGACAUUCAAACCUUAUAAAUUAUGGUUCAUCUGUAUGUGUUUACAUCGAUAAAGACAUCUCCAACAACUUUUUUUUUUUUUACAUUUUAAGGUUUUUGGUUCUGCAAGUUCCGAAUAGUAAAAUUUCAAAGUUGAGUUUAACUUUACAAAAUUUUAAAACACAUUUCUCCAAAAAUAAUUAUUUUUUAAAACACUAUUUAUUUUACAUUUUACCCUCAGCAAAUAUAUAACAGAUAUAAUUUACUAAACAGUGAAUAUUAAUUUUUACAUCAUUAUAGUUCUUAUAAUUAUAUUUUAUUUAAAUAUUCAAACAUAUUAUAUAUAUAUUAUUAUUACGAGAAAUAUAUAAUAUUUUAAAAUUAGAAUUAGUAAAUAAAAUAAUAUUAUGUAUAAUAUAAACAUUAUAUACGCAAUUGGGUCAUUUUGUAACUUUUUUAUAUUUAACGCACAUUAAAAAUUUCUUCAUUUGGUGAAACCAAAUUAUUCAUAGAUAAAUUAUAAAUAUUGUCGAUGACAAUUUUUUUAAAAAAUAUUGUGUUUUACUUUUUAGUGGGUAUUUGUUAUUUAUUUAUUUAUAAAAAUUUAACCUUCGUAACUAAUUAAUAUUAAAUUACAGAUUUAAAUGUAUUUUUUAUAAAUAUUAAAAAUAUUUGAUGUUUUUAUUGUAAAAAUCUACAUUUAAAUUUUAAUCCGGAGAUGCCAAAAAACUUUUUGGUAGUAAAUUGAGGAACUUUUCUUGUCAUUUCAAGGAAUCGAACGUCAUUUAUAUUCUUAAACAGAAAAACACUCGCAGCUAAAGAGGAUGAAUGGUAAGUGUUGUGAGUGCUUUGGAAUGUUUUAUUUUUUACAGCCAAUUUUGAUAUAAAUAAUGUCAGUAAGAAAGAUAUAAAGCCAGAGACUAAUUUUUUAAAAUAAAUUAAUUCUAGCAAUCAUAAUUUUCUAAAGCUUUACAUUUAGUACUUUCAAAAUUAUAAAUAAUUAUAUAGCAAUAAAAUUUAAAGGUAAAACAACAAAAUCUACAUACCUAUAAACUAGUUCCGUGCCACAGUAUGAAAAAGAAAACUUUCAAUUAUGGCGACAAAUUUUUUUGAAAAAAUUUAGGGCAUCAUCUAUUACUUUCAGAGGAAAUUAUAGCACUAUGAUAAUUAGGAUUUAGAAAACAUAUGCUUAUAAUGAAUAUAUGGGUUUCCUAAGCAACAAAAAAUGUAGACAAUUGUUUUUUUUUUUUGAACAAAAUGUAGACAAUUGUUAAUUGCCAAACAGUCAGAGUAAUUAGAUGUUGGUGAUUAUAGUUUGAAUGCAUUUUUGAAAUAUUAAAAAAAAAAGUCAGGUUGAUAUAUUUGAUCUUUGUUCUCUUACGGCAUAAAAUAUUGUGUAAUUUAAUUAUUUUUUCUUAAAAUUAGUUAUACAAUUUAAUAUAAAUACUUGAUUAGUAUUUUUUAAAAGAAAUCUUGUUCUAUAUCUAAUAUUUUCUUUGUUAGUUUAAAACUGAGAUUUUAUGAUUCGGUUUUGGCAACCAUAAUCUGUCUAAAACUUAAGUCUACUAAUCAUGCCCCUAAUCUCUUACACACUGAGUUGAAGAGCAAAACUCGUAAAUCUAUUUUAAAUAGUUUUGACGAAACUUUAUUAUAUUUAUAUAGAAUUUGAUUCGUGACUUCAAAAUUCACGUAUACGUGGGUUAACUAAUAUUUGCUCCAAAAAGUUGUUUUGGUCAAAAGUAAAUCAAAUUAGUGCUCUUGAGUAACUUCCUUUAUGUGCAUGUCUUCUGCUUACCAUUGCUAAGCUUAAGAGGUUCCAUUUCAUGCUUUAGAAUCUCAUAUAUAUAUAUAUAUAUAUAUAAAUAUAUUUUGGAAUCUCAUUUAUAUUAGAGCAUCAGCGGCGGUCAUGUUUUACAAUGAUUUCUCAUCAAAAUACUAAUAUAAAAAAAAAAAAAAAAAAAACAAAUCAGAAAAAUAAAGAGACUUACGUAGGGGAAGAGACUCUGACUUCUUUCGCAGAGAUUAUCUACACAAAUGAGACAGCAAGCACUAAAAGGUUAAAUUUAUUUAGAUAACUAAUUUACUUUUACAAUAUUAAUAAAAUUAUGAUGAGAAACCAUGUUGAAGAAAUUUAUCACUAAAGAUGCUCUUAGUAUCCGUUUCAAUCUUUAUUUGUAAUGCAGAGAUGAUAGUAGUAUCUGCAGGAUACAAGUUUCGAGUACUUUCAAUUAUUUUCUUUCUUCUUUUUUUAUUUCCUUUUGUUUUGAUAUGUUUUAGUAUUCUACUUUCACUAAAAAUAUUAUGACUUGAGUCCAUAGAAUAAGGUUAGAUUCAAAUCCUAAUAGAGAUGUAUCUUAUUUUUGGGUAUAAAAUAUAAAAUCCAUUGGUUUGUAAGAGAUAUGUAUUAUUUAUUAUUAAUCAAAAAGCUUUGGCUUUUUAAAUUUUUAUUUUCGGCUAGAACAUCUUGUUUUUAACAACUUCAAAUUCGUGUUAAUCACUUCAAAUUUUCAAGGCUAAAAAGUAUUUCGUAACCUUGUAUCGGUUAUUACAUCAAUUGAUCUCAUAUUUAGAAGUUUUAGUUUUUUUACUACAACUCGAUCAUUGAUUUUAUGACUCUAAAAAAACCUACGAUGGAAGAACAAAAAGAUGUGCCAAGGAAAAUCUUGGAGACUUUCAUAAGCAACAGUGAUAAUGCAUUAAAAACGAUUUUGGAAAGACAAUACGACCAGUGUGAUGGUCGUCAUGAACCACGACACAUAAACUAUGUACAACAUGACUAGUCGGAUGUAGAGAUGGUGGAAAAUUUAUUCAAUGUCCCUAUAUAGGAACAACAUCUUAAUGCACAACAAACUAGCCGAAGAAAUAAUCAGCCGGACAAACAUAAACAUAUUAAGAUAUCAAUUACCAGUUACCACCAAUUGGUGGAAUUGGUGGUCAGUGGAUUGACCAUAAUCCCUUCUUUUAAAUUUUUGAUGUGGGAUACUGUAUCUCUAAUAGAAUAUAUUCCAUAUUGUGAUUAUUCGUAUAUUUCAUUAUUUAGUAGGUUCCUAUUGGAACUGUGUCAUUAUCUUUGUAUAAAUACUUUACUCUAUGAAUCAGUAAAAACAAGCCUUUUUAAUUAUUUCAUGAUAUCAGAGAAAUCGAUUCUGACUUAAUCCAUAAAUCAGUUUUUUCUUCUUCACUUUGUUCUAAGGUUACAAAAAACAUGUUGGACGAAGUUUCGAGUGCUCAGAAAAGCUCGUGAUCCGAGUGUACUUCUCCUUACCCUUUGUACACCAAUAAACCGGGUGCUCUUAUCACUUUGGUUAUUUUUCGUGGUGAUAACUUCUCUGAAUGGGCAAUAGAGUUGGCAAAACAAAAUAUUUUUAUCGACGGCUCGAUAGCUAACCAGCCAUGAAUCCUAAUCAAUUUUUCUGGAUCACCACAAAUUCCAUGCUCUAUUGGCUGGAUUCGAGCGCUCGUCGAUCCAAUUAGACAAUUUAGUGUGGCACAUGUCUUUGAUGCUUCCAAGAUUUGGGUUUUUAUCAAACGCAGGCCUCCAUCAACAAUGGUGCUCACAAACAUUUACUUAAAAAUGAGAUCAGAAAUUGUAAACAAAACAAACAAGAACAGUUGAAUACUAUGGACGACUAUCCACUCUUUAGGAAGAACUCCAAAAUAUCAAUAGUUCAAGAUCAUGUUUUUGCGUUGCAGCUUCCAGUGUUGAGAAGGAAUAUUAAGAUUCUCGUUUCAUAAGUUUUUGUUUGGUCAAGAUGAUGCUCGUUUCAGCAAUAUUUGCUCCCAGAUCAUCAACCAAGAUCUACUUCUGGAUCUAUAUUUUGUAUCAUUCGUGAAGAAGAACACCAUCUAACGGUAGGAGAUUAACAAUGAUGACAUUGGAUUUUUGUAAAAACUUAUCUUCUAUAGAAUAAAUGAAGUUGUUACUCUCCACAUGAGGCUGCUGCCUCCAACCAAUUUGCGACUGUCCACAUGAGGAAAGAGCAAGGUUAUUAGACUCGUGUUGCUUUAAACACAUGAGUAGAGAUCAAGAUCUAUUCUCUACAACGAAUGCAAGGCACUCAAUCAAUCUGGGAAGCAACACAUUCAUGGAGGUUGUUGGAAAAGGAAAUGUGAGUAUGACAUUAAACAACACACCAUACAAGAUAAGUGAUGUGUACUACAUACCAGAGCUCAAGAAUAAUCUCUUGAGUCUUGGUGAACUCCAAGAAAAGAAUGUGGCAGUCAUCACACAGAAAGGUACAUGGAUUUACCAUGACGAAAUAGGGCCAUCGGCUUAGAGAAGAAUGAGAAUAAACCAGAUUUUAAUGCUAUUUGAAAAUGAUGAAGAGAGAAACAACAGCAAAAGAAACACAAAAAUAGUGGCAUGAGUGGUAUGGAAAUUUCAGUCAUUGUCAUUGAGGAAUGAAUACAUUACAAAGCACAUACAUGGUUUGAGGGAUAACUUUGUUUGAUGCUCAAAUUUCCACUUUCUCAAACUAUCUAUUAGGCAAGCAGCCAAGGAGUCAUUUUUCUAGGAUGAGUUCAUGAAGAGCCAACGAAGUACUAGAAUUGGUGCACACAUACAUUUGUGGAUCCAUCAGCCCUAUUUGCACCAGUGGCAAAAGGUACAUACUAUUCUUCAUAUAUGAUUUUAGCAAGAAAGGAUGGGCGUAUUUUGUGAAAGAAAAUUUAAAGGCUUUCAGUCAUUUCAAACAAUUCAAAAAGAUGAUAGAGAAUGAAACACAUACAAUAUCAAGUUCCUUAGAAUAAACAGAGGAGGGAAUAUACACCUCUUGAGUUCUCAGACUCUGCAACGUACAAAGAAUUCAGAGAAAACUAACCACAACAUACACCCCUCAACAAAAUAACAUUGUUGAAAGGAAGAACCGUACGGUGAUGAACAUGUUAAAAUUGCUACUAUCAACAAGGAAGGUACCAAUUUUCUUGUGGGAAGAAGCAUUCAACUAAACAUUCUAUGCUAUUAAUAUAUGUCCAACUUACGAUGUAGAGGACAUCACACCUCAAGAGACAUAAAGUGGUAUCAAACCGAAUGUGGAACACGUUUAUGUAUGGGGAAGUCUGGGGCAACUUCACAUCUCAGAUGCGAAACAAGGUAUACUCGAUGACAAAAGCUUAACAUGUGUUUUACUUGGUUUCUCAGAGGAAUCCAAAAUAUAUAGAUAAUACAAUCCACAUAAAAAAAUAUUGUAGUGAGUAGAGGUUUGGUGUUUGAAUUAGAAAAAGUCUGAAACUAGAAAGAGACCAGAUUACACAGAAUCAGUGUUAACCAUGAAUGAUGAUGAUGCAGUGUGGGAGGUGAGUGAAGGAGAAGAAAGUGCGAAUGAAGCGAAAAAUGAACCAGGGCGGAACAAUGAGCCACACUGUAGAAGUCGAUAAUGGUCAGGUCAAGGGAGCCAGGGAGGAAUGAAGGACAAAACCUCCACAAUACCUGAGAGAUUAUGUCAUUGGAAUCGCAACAGUUGAUGAGGAAUAAGACACAAACAUCGUAGAUCUCAAUUCCUCCAAUCCCACAACUUAUGAGGAAGCAGAAGAGAGUCUGAAAUAGAGAGAGAUUUUAUAAAAGAAGAGAUUAUACUGAUUGAAAAAUCAGAUUUGAAUUCUAUCAAUUUUACCUAAAUGAGCUAAGUGCAUUGGAGUAAAGUGGAUAUACAAAUCUAAUCUCAACAAGAAUGGUGAGGAAAGCAAGUACAAAGCUCGUUUAAUAGCCAAACAAUAUUCUCAAGAACUUGAGAUCGACUGCGAUGAGGUGUAUAAAUAUGUUGCCAGAAUGGAUACAAUCAUACCAGUUUUUGCUACAUUUGCACAAAAAUCAAGGGAUAUCUAUGAAUUAGACGUAAAUGAGCAUGUCUCCAUCGAGUAAUUGAAGAAGAUGUAUAUGUGCAACAACCUAAAGGACAUGAGAAAGAAGGGAAAGAAUACAAAGUGUGCAAACUUCAAAAAUUUAUAUAUGGUUUGAAGAAAGCUCCAAUAGCAUGGUUCAGUUAUAUUGAACACUAAUUCAUCAAAGAAAGAUUUCUCAAACUCCAUAAUUGAAUAAAAUAUGUUAUUAAAACAACAAACACUGUAAUAUUCUGAUUGUAAAUAUUUAUGUGGAUGAUCACAUAUAUAUAUAUGAGAGAAUAUUAUGAUGAUGAGAUAAGAAAUCGAUGCAAGAAGAGUUUGAUAUGUCGAAUUUGGAGAAAAUUAGGUAUUUUUGGGAAUAUAAGUGGUGCAUACUCCUUAUAGGAUUCAUAUCUCACAGUAAGGUUAUGCACUAAAAUUUCUAAACAUUUUGACAUGGAGAGAUGCUCCUCAGUGUGUCAUCCAAUGGUACUUGGAAACAAGAUCGAUUUGGAUGAGGGAGAGGAAGAGUGAGUCGAUGAGACCUUUUACAAAAAAAAAAAAUUGGGAGCCUCAUCAUCACAAACGCCAGGCCAGAUGUUAAAUUUUAUGGCCUUAUGUUAAGCCUCACUCAACCAUAUGUUCACGCAGCAAAGCGAGUCUUAAGGUACUUAAAAGGAACUUUGUAUUAUGGUAUUUUGUAUAAGAGAAGUGGAGCUAUGAUUUGUUAGUGUACACUAAUAGUAACAUUGCCAGAGAUGUGGAAAGCAAGAAGAGUACUACUGGAUAUGUGCUUAUAAAGGACAAUGCAUUAUCAAAGCAAGGAGAGGACCAAUCCCCAAAUCAUGCGGAAAUCACCCCUACCACCUCCCCAAAGCAUUGUAACACAAACCGAUGCAGCAUGGAAUGGAGCAACAAAGAACGCAGGCCUAGGCUGGAUUAUCAAGAAAACAGGGGAAACACUGCAUUUUCAAAGUUCAACCAGGUUCGUGUCUUCCCUGCUGGUAGCGGAAGCUUUGGCCAUGCGGGAUGCAGUGCGAAAUUGUAAGGAGCUGGGGAUCCAGCACGUCGUUUUCGAAUCGGACUCAUUACAACUUAUCAAAUCGCUUAACACAACUGUGGAACCUCCGGAGAUCUAUGGGAUUGUGGCUGAUGUUAGAAUUGACUGUUAUGCUUUUGAAUUCUUUGCUUUUAGAUGGAUUCCUAGAGGUAAAAACUCUGAGGCUGACCAAUUAGCAAAACAGGCUUUAUACCUUGUAUCGGGUGGUUUAACCACUUAACUUAUGUUUCUUUAUUUAAUGAAAGUUGCGUUCCAAAAAAAAAAAGGACAAUGCAUUAAUAGCAUGGCUAUUAAAGAAGCAACCAAUCAUGACGUUAUCCACCACUGAAUCAGAAUAUGUUGCCACCUCAAUUUGUGUUUGUUAAGCCAUCUGGUUCAAAAAGAUACUAGAAGAGUUAGGAAAAUGUAAAAUAAAGAACACAUAUUCUAUGCGACAACAUUUCAACAAUCAAAUUUUCAAAGAAUCCAGUGUUUCAUGGGAGAUGUAACACAUUGGAGUUUGCUUUCAUUUCCUGCGAGCUCUUGUCAACAACACAUAUAUAUGCUUGAAAAUUCGAACAGAUGAGAAAGUCGCAAAUAUCUUUACCAAACUUUUAAGGCGAGAUCAGAGGAGCAGGCUUGAGGUUAUUUAAGCCUCGGGUAUGCUAAGCCUUGUGCACAAAGCUUAGUUUAGAGAGGCUUUGUUGGAACAAAUCAAAGAAGCGAUUGGAGUUAUAUAUACCAGACAAGAUCAUCUGUUUUUCAGUCUUCUGGUCCGUUAAUAAUGGUCAAAUAAAGAAAGAUUAACUAGGUCAAGUAGUUGUUUAAGUAGUUGCUUAGUUGGUCAAGUACUUAUUUAGUUGGUCAAGUAGUUGUUCAUAUUUCUAUGCUUUUCUUUAGGAUCAUAUUAUUGUUGUAAGCUAUAAAUGUCAUUUGAUAUAUUGAAUGAAAUAUAUCUUAAAAAAUUCUUAAACAAUAGAUUAUUGGGUUCAUCAAAUUCUCCAGUAGUUUACGUGUACUUUUUGCGGAUGAGAAUGGGUAAUCCUCGGAAUGGUUUGCUACGCUAGAUGGGUUCUGGAUGCUUCUUUUGGUGAAAUUCAUUUGCUUGCAUCUUGAUUGGUAACUUCUUGGGUAGGUAUCUUUAGGUAGGGCCAGCUCAAAGUUUGUCAAAUUUCUUGAAAAAGAUUUUUAAUAGCAAACAUAUUUUUAAAAAAUUUAGUAUGUGUAUCUAAAAUUGUUUGUAUGCUAUUUUAAUUAAUAAAAUUGAUUAUACAAAAUAUUAAAAAACAUAUUUUAGUUAAAGAUAUAUAUAUAACAAUAAAAUGUAUAUUUUUUUAAAAAAAAUUAGACCUGUAAUAUAUGUGAUAUGCCCUUACUAUUUUUAUUGCUGAUGACUGCAUGUCCUAAGCUCUUGUUGGCUGCUUGUUGUUGGUUCGUUCUUUGUAAGGUCAAAUACAGUUUCAAACGAUCUGAUCCUGCACUGAUUCUCUCUACCUUUACUCUCAACAAUAUCUUCACGUUCUCGUGCUUCCGGCGGCCAGCGGUGUUCGUUCCGUUGGUUACCCCCUCCAUUUUCCCGUUCUUCUCUCUUCUGCCUCAACCCUUUGAUAUCUUGUGUAUUUGCAUGGUUCGAACAAUUAAGUGCAUUGCAUAUGCAUUUGUCCUUAUCAGGUGAUGGAGAUACCAUUUGGUGGAAUUGGAGCGUUGGAGUUAUGAAGCAAAAGGGGUGAUCAUUGUUCGAGAGACAUAUUGAUGGCAAAGUUUCACAGCGGCCGAGAAACCAUUUCACUAAGCCAUUAUGACUCCCAUACGACUUUUCCUCAUCAUGCCUAAGUGUUGGAGUGGUAUAGUGCAGCGGUAUGAUGACAAGAUAUCUCAAGACAUUGAAGUUUUGCGGACUUUGAAUCGGUUUGAUGCAGCGGUUAUAAAAAGCUGCUGCUAAGGAAUCAUGAAGAAACUUGAGCUCAAGUGUUGCAGAGGCCUAAUGGCAGAGGUUUGGUGUAACCGCUGUGACUCUCAGGAUGCAACAAUCAAGCAACGGUUCAACUGUUGGAGCGGUUUAUGGUAGCAGUGGGGAGCAGGCCGAUGCAAAAGUGUGGGUUCUGAAUCAGGAAGUAGUAGUAGUGUCACGAAGACGCCACCAAGAACAUGUGAAGAGACUGGAGCCUAACUCUUCCAGUGGUUUAUGCGCAGGCUUUAGAAUAUGCAACCAAACCAUUGUGGACCUCCAGCUGUCUCAUGCAAUAGUAUCAGCAUGCCGCUGGUAACCUUUGAAAAGUCAACAUUCGAACUUUAACCAGACUUUUUACCCAUUUGUUUUUGGGUCAAUCCAUAGUUGUUGGAUUGACCUUGUUCAAGUUUAGGAUUCUAUAAAUCCUUUUUAGGCCUAAAUUUAAGAAUGAUCUUGUCUUCUCUUUAAACACAUUUUUAUUUUGGUGAAAAAUCAAUCUUUAGUCUCUUAUCAUCUUAUUUCUUUGUGUUUGUUGAAUUAACUUGCUUCUUAACAUGAUUUAUCUUCAAUCUAUUAUGGGUUUAAGGUUUAUCAUGAAGAUUAGGGAGUAGACUCCUAUUGGAUCUAUGAGUUAGGGUGAUUAGAGUUAAUGAGUGAAGAGUUAAGGUGUUUUAAGGGACAAAUCUACUUGUUUCCUUGCUAUUUAAGUAUUCUUUAUUCUUGAUUGGAACUGAUCACUCUCAAUCUUGAUUUUAAGUUAUUUAUUGAUUUGAAGGUGUAUGAUAAAAUGCUUAAAUAUGUUCUAACUUGAAUAGCAAAAAGAUUUGAUGCUAGGAUUGUUAGAUAGUUAGUAGACUUGUCUGAGAUGCAUGCUUGAAUGAUUUAAACUAAUGGAAAUUGAUGUUUAGUUCAUAAUUGCAUAAGGAUCUUUAUCUUGGGAAAGAAAUAAUCUUUAUUUGUGUUCUAGACUUAAGAAAAAUUGUACAUUGACAUCUUGCUACCUUAGAAACCUGAAAGUCUUCCAACAACAAAACUUUUAUGCUCAAGAAACAGCUACUAAAGCGAUUUGUGAUGCUAAAGAAUGGAAGGAAGCUCAAUUAAAGGUCAUAUCUUCGAAUCCGAUUAAGACUACCCGACAAAUCCACGGAACACCUGAGGUAGUCUGCCGAUUGAAUGCAGCUUGGAAAAAGGAGCUUAAUGCUGCGGGACUAGAGUGGAGCUUCUUAGAGAGACAUAAUGAGAGAUUUGCCUCUCACAGUAAACCAAUUGCGUUUGUGAUAUCGUCUCUUGUGGCGGAGGGAUUAGCAAUACGCGCAGCUAUGGAACAUGCUGCUAUACUACAAUUGGAGAAUGUGAUCUUCGAAUCUGACUUGCUCCAAUUAAUAGCAUGGAUCGUUUCGGGACAUAGCUUAUCGGAUCUCCAUGGAAUCUUAUCAGACAUCUCUCUCCUUUCGUUAUCGUUCAAUCAUGUUCUCUUUAGAUUUGUCCAUCGAAACAAUCUGGUGUUUGAAGAUGGGCUUGCAAACAGGCCUUAAAUUACUAUGUAACAAACCCAGUUUAAUUUGAGUUAAUGAUAUGUUAUGAACAAAAAAAAUGAUAUCUUGCCACCUUACCUUUGAUCUUAAUCACUUGAAAUCAAAUGCCUAACCCCAUGGAUCAUGUUUCUUUAUUUGAUUGAAAGCUUGAUUUGCAUUUAGUGUUUUUCUUUUUGAAUUGUCAUUUGUUACUUGUUUCAAAUCAACCACCUUGCUAUUGCUUAGUUUAAGUUGUAUGACUUGGAUUCUUUAUGAUUAAAAUCUUCUUAAGUUUGGAUUGUCCUUAAGUAUUACAACUGCUUAUGAUUAAACUUAUCCAUAUCACCCUAUGAUAUGUCUUCUUCAUCUCUUCUCCUUACUGGACGCCCUGGAUUUUUGCUAUGGUGAUGCUAACUGGAUCUUGAUUGUUCAAGGGUCUCAUGGAGAUCUGGCGUGGUGAGAUGAGUCUGAUCCGUCAAAGUUACCCUCGAUUCUGGCUUCCUUGUCUGAGAGAGCUCAUAUAUGAGACUCAAAGGUUCGUCAGUUGGGUUCUCUCUGAUGCUUAUAUCCUUGCCCUUGUCAUUCUUUCCAGUCGUCCAGUUUCUAUGGUCUUGCAGAGAUUCUUCACACCAUCUGUGUGAAGGUGACAUGGAGGAAAGUCAUCAAGGACCUCUCAUGUUCAAAUUUCAGCAACCAUGGUUCGUUUUUUGUGAAAGUUUGGUUGCCUUUGUUUCAUGCGUCUGUGGUUGGCUAGUAAGGGCCUCGAGGAUUGGUUGAUCGUGGUCUCUUCAGAAACUGUUCACAGAGGCUUCACUCACCAGAUAUUAGCCUAUUUUGAGGAUUUUGUUCCCUUUCUACGAUAAAUUGCUCUGAAAAACUGCAUCUUGCCUCGAUUGAUGUUGCAGCUCCUCCUUUGAGAGUUUCUCUGUGUCGUGUGGCCAGAUGAGGGGAUUUUAUUGUCCCCUACACUUGACUAGAGCAUUUCUAUUUUCGUUUCAAUUCGAGUUGUCUUGGUGUCUCUUCCCCGAGUGGUUGGUGAGUUUGGUGUUUCCAGAUGGUGCUUUUAAAGGAUCUUCAGAUCAGGUAUAGCCAGCCUUCUCUGUUCUAUGCCUCUUGUGAGUAGCUUGGGUCUGUCCUUUACAGAGCCUCUCCAUCUACCUUUCUCUUUAUUUUCUACCAAGUCUACAAAAAUGGAAGUGCUUUGUGCCCUAGAGUAUAUAUUGUUUUCUUUUUGGUAAAAAUAAACUGUUAUGGGUUAACUUUUUAUAGUGACUAACCUCAUCCUGAAAGGUUCCAUAUCCAGGAAACCCCGAAAGCUUUAUUUGGGGUAUAGUACCACCGCGCCGAUAGAGUAUCGAACCUGCGACUUCUGGCAGUCUUCUAUGAAAAUCUCAAGGAACCACUAAGCCACCUUGAUAUCUCCUGGAAUAUACAUUGCUGUUUUUUCGUUCUAGUUUUUUACUUAGGUUUGUCUACUAAAACAAGUUUAUAUUCUAUUGUCAUGAUUUUUUUUUUUUUACUUUCUUGCGGCCCUCUGAAUCGAAUCUACUCUCAAGCAUAAAGCGAUAUCAAGUUUUCUUGUAAUCAAACCGACUCUACUUUCAUAAUGAAAUUUACAUUUUAGCAACCAAAAAAUGGUCUCAAACCAUUUAUAAAAUGUCAUUGUGAAAUAAAAAAAUUUGUUGGAUGUGAAUCUGAUUUAUCUGAACUAUAAUUGGUCAAUGAUAUUUUACUCGAUUCACUUUCACCAAUGCAUAGUUGUAUACUUGUAUUAAAAAUAUAAGAGCAUGAUUAAUAGAGGUUCUUAGCGGAAUAUAAGGAAAAAUAUAAAAAAAAAUCUUACAAUUUACAAUCAAUUCAUUCAAUUUUUCCAAUUAACUGUCUCUUAACUUUUAACUAAAAAAGUUACCGGUUCUUAAAUAUCUUAUUUAAGAAUUGGUUCUUAGCUUUUUUAGUUAAAAGUUAAGAGACGGUUUCUUGUAUUCCGCUAAGAAUCCCACUAAGAACUCCCCACUAAUCAUGUUGUAAGCCUCGCUGGACACGUAACUAUUAAAAAACAAUAUUCUUGCAAUAUAAAUACAACGUCCCGGUCUAUGGAAUGAAGCACAAAAAGCAAUACAUACUAUACGAUGGCAGGCAAGUGUACUUUAGCCAGUGUUCUAGGGUUACUUUUGGUAUUCACACUGUUCCAGAACCCGCUCACCGUCUGCGGACAAAGUAUCCCGGCGGUGGCUUUGUUCACGUUCGGUGACUCCAACUUCGACGCCGGAAACAAACAGACUCUCACGCAAGUAAACGUUGCUCAAGGUUUCUGGCCGUACGGUAAAUCCAGAGAUGAUCCUAAUGGCAAAUUCUCCGACGGUUUCAUCGCUCCUGACUUCGUCGCAACAUUCAUGGAAAUUCCUAUCCCAAUCCCUGCUGCGCUUAAACCGGGCGUCAAUGUCUCACGUGGAGCUAGUUUCGCCGUCGCUGAUGCUACGCUUCUCGGAGCUCCGGUUCAAUCUUUGACUCUGUAUCAACAAAUUACGAAGUUCAAUGAAAUGAAAGCAGCAAAUUGGAAUGACGACUUCAUCAAGCAGUCAUUGUUUAUGAUAUACAUUGGUGCUAAUGAUUACUUUAAUUUCACCAAGAACAACCCUAACGCCGAUGCAUCUGCUCAACAAGCUUUCGUCACUUCCGUGACCAACCAGUUAAAGAAUGAAAUCAGCUUCUUGUAUGCAUCAGGAGCUAGAAAGUUGAUGAUCCAAACCCUAGCACCAUUGGGUUGCUUACCGAUAGUCAGACAAGAUUACAGAACCGGAAUGGAACAAUGCUACGAACCUCUCAACAAUUUGGCUAUACAACACAACGAAAAAAUCGGACCAAUGUUGAACGAAAUGGCUCUAAAUGCUCCUGAUUUCCAGUUCACUGUUUUCGACUUCUACAAUGUUAUUCUUCGUAGGAUCACGCCGCAGAGGAGCUUAGGCUACAGAUUUUUACGGACGAAUGUAUCGUGCUGCGGUAUUGGGACACACACUGCUUACGGUUGCGGUUUACCUAACGUGCACUCCAAGCUAUGCUCGUACCAACGAUCUUACUUAUUCUUCGAUGGGCGUCACAAUACUGAGAAGGCACAAGAAAGUUUUGGUCAUCUUAUGUUUGGAGCCGAUCCAAAUGUGAUCCAACCGAUGAACAUCCGUGAGCUCGUUACUUACCCAGUAGGUGAACCUAUGCGUGAGGCUUGGUUACCUACUAAGUCAGCCACAGCCCAAGCCAGAGCCUCUAGCUCGUCGACAAGCCCCGGUUAUGAGUUAAACUGAGUCUCUUUAAAUCGUAAUGUGUUUAGCUUACAACUUCUUCUUUUUCAUCCUGCUCCAGUGAAUUUCCCUCUACAAUAAAAGAUUGAUCACUGUAACUCAUCUAUGGGACUGAUUAGAGAGUGAAUCAAUCUAUCGAUCGUUUACGCAAACUAUAAACCAAGAGCAUUUAGUCCAGUUACUUACUGAAAGGAUAUGAGCAAAAUAUCGGAGCAUAACCAAUCCAAAAAUUCACCAAUUUUAAUCCAAACCAAACGAUGUAAAAAUUCAAAUUGUGCUUGUAACCGGAUCUGAAUUCUCGAUUCUCGGGUUGAAUAAAAAUUUCAAUUUCAAAAAAAAAAAAAAUUCAAUUAGCUCAGUGAAUUUGGUUCAGUCGAGUUAUAUGAACUUUUUAUUUGCUGUAUUUAAAUCAUAAUCCAAACCAAACUAUUUACUUAACAAAUCAUAGAUAUGUCAAUGUCACUAAACUUUAGCUAGCUUACACAAAUUUUAGUUGUUUAAACCGAAUUGUGUUUGGUUAUAUAAUGUAGUAUCACAUACUAUAUAGAUCUUCAUUUACUGAUCCAUUUAAUAUGGUAUCAUUUUUCCAGACAUAUAUAACUUGACAAAUUAACUGUUGUCAUUACUAAUUUCGUUCGGCAGAUAAGUGUUUUGGAAAAAAAUAUUUUUAAAAUAGAUUUUGGUGUGUUUAUAUAAUUUUUAGUAUUUAGAAAUAGUAAAUUGUAAAUUUUAAGAAAAUCAAUUAAACUUUUUGAAAUACUAUUUAUCUUAUAAAAAAAUACUUUUAAUUUAUCUGAAAAUUGACAAUUAGAAAAUAUGACGUAUUUAUAUAUUUAUGAUGUGAAUAAAAUAUGUUAUUUUAAUAUGUAUGAAAUAAUGAAAAAUAUAUCUUUAAGGAAUGAAGUGAAUAUUAGUUUUUUUUUACAUCUGACUAAUCUUGGAAUACUCAGCUCCUCUCUAAAAUUCAGCUCUUCCUUUUAAAGUUAUUCACGGUGUUGAACUGACAUGUGAAAAUCUUCAGAAGCGAGGUGAAAACACAAACUGGAUCAGACGCGGUGCUACAGAGACCAUGUUACAUCUCUUUCGCCAAACAGGUUUGGGAGUUGAUCCCAUGGCUCUUCAACUCAAGUUUGGCUGAAUCAUUCGGUAAAGGGCAAGAGACAUCCCACCUGAGAAUUAAUCUACAAGGCUUUCGCCAAGGACCAAUCUCUUUCCAAGGUUGCUUGUGCUAUCAGGAACUCCAGAACUAACUCCUCAUCGAGAACAUGAUCAAUCUCUGUUGCGGCAUGGAAAACGGUCAAGAAGAGGGACGGAUUCGAUUGGAUCUUCACUGAUUGGCACCAAACAAUCUCUCUCGGUAUCAUUCAUAUAUGGCUUAGACCAGUCUCUCAAGAGCUCAUUUGAGCGGUCAACCGACAACGGGUACAGCUCGGAACUCUAUUGGACAUCGCUUCUCUGCUGUAUUCUCGUCUUCUAUACUUUCAUUUUCAUUCCUAAAAAUUAAAAUGGGCCAGCAAACCAAAUUGCAAAAGCCUUUGGAAAGAUUCAAAUUGGCCUCCAAUAUAAUAUUUUCUGAUUUAAAGUGGUGUUUCGAGAUUCAACUAUUUUAAAAGCAAAUAUGAAACUUUUAUAUAACAAAUAUUUAGUCAUCCAUAAGCAAAUAGAUGCGUGUUACUCUACAUUGGAUCUCUAUUACUGUAUCAUUUUCUACUUUUGUUUUGAUAGUUCUCAUUAUUUAGAAUUUUAUGCCUAUAUGAUUUAAUGAUAGUAUCCAACGUUAAAAACAUGUAUAUAGAGAGAAUGUACAAUACAAAAUGUUAACUAGAAGUUUAUGAUUCAAUUAAAUUACCUUUAGGUAAUGUUAUUUUGAAAAUAAUAUUGAGUGUUUAUUACGUCCAAACUUGUUUUAACAUUUAUCAUGUUACCCGGUAAUUUUAUUGAGACCAUUAACUCCUAAAUUGUUAUAUUUUCAAUAAAUUUGUUUCCGUCAGGAAUUUCUCGAUGGAAAAGAAAAAUUCCCAAUGGAAGUCAAUUUUUGAAAGACUUCUUAGAAUACUCUCGAAAGACUUCUUGGAAAGUCUUCUAAUGCAUUUUAUGCUAGAAAACUUUCCACGAAGUCUUCAGGAAAUCUUCCGAAGUCUUCUUUCCAAAGUGGUUCAAAUGGAUGAUGUCAAGUAGAGUCUAAGCUUAUCUAUGUUGAAGAAUGAUAUCUAGUUCUGUGUGUAAUAGUUUUGUUUAUGGUCUGUUUUAUGAUUUGUAUGUGUACUAUUGUAGUUGUGAAUUCUUUUGUAAACUUGAAAAAAUGUUAAUCAAAACAAUUUGGUAAAUAUGUUCAUGUUUUGCCAAAAGUACUUGACAUUAUUGAAGUUAUUAAUACAACAUACCAAAAAAUUUUAAAUCAUUCGACCCACUCAUAACAAAACACAACAACACAAAACUUAGUCAAAUUUACUAAAACUAAGGGAGAAGAUUUCUCAAGAAAACUUAGUCAAAUUCACAAAAGAUAAAAAUUGAAAUUUAAGUGAAAUUGAAAUUCUAAAUUUCGUUGAAGUUAAAAAUAAUAUCUUAUGAUCUAAAAGACACAUUAAACCACAUGCUUGAUAUUCUUGAAGUUACUUAACACUUUUGAAAGUUAAAACAUACCUCGAAGUUACUUACCAUUCUUGAAAAUCUAACGUAGAAGACUUUUCUCACAGGAUUCUCGGACUAGUUAGAAACAUUAGUAAACAUGAAUAUUUGAAAUCUCAUAAAUAUCACUAAAUAAGUUACGAAUUUCAUCUUAGAGCCCCAACAUUGACUAAUAUAAAUGAAUUAUUAAGAAAAUAUUAAAAAGUCAUUUUAAUUGUAGAGAAAGUAAAAGUUUAUUAAACAUUGACGUACAAGAUUUCCUAAGAAGUCUUCUUAGAGAAGAUUUCUUAGGAAGUCUUCUAUUUAGGUCAUUUUUGCAAUUGCAAAUUUACAAAGGAAUACUUCUAAAGAAGUCUACUCUACAUCAAACAUCUUUAAAAGCCUUCCUUUGUAAAUAUUGGCUUACUUUUGAAUUUGAAAAAUCUUCGAAAAUACCAGAGAAGACUUAUAGAGAAGUUUUUUCUCGUAAACAUGUUAGUUUUGCAAUUGACCAAAGUUCUGUAGAUAUUUGACUUUUUCUUAGAAGACUUCUCACGUUCACAUGAAGUCUUCUCACUGUCGCAAAAAGUCUGUAUAGGUUACUUUUUUAGAGUAGAGAAGACUUUUUUAGAACUCUUCCAACAUCUAAGGAAGUCUUCUCUCGUAAUCAAAGAUUUGACCAAAAACAUGGAAUAAAUUUUGAGAAGACUUCUAAAAACACACACAAAGUCAAUUGCAAAACUAACAUAUGCAUUGACCCGAGAGAAGUCUUCUCGUUGGAGAAGAAGAGAAGCCUUCUUCGCGAAAUAGAUCUGAAAAAAAAUUCAAAUACUAUUUUUACGAUCCAGUGAAAUUCAUGUUUAAAUUUUACAAGCACACAUAACUUCUUAAUGGAAGUUACUCCCUCGUUCUUGGCCAUGAAUCAUGAACUUGAAUAAUUCUAAUAAGCUUAUAGUUUUUGAAAUUAAAAAAGUUAGGAUUGUUGGAUGAAAUAAGAGAUAAAGUGAAAAGGAAAUGGUUUAUGUGUGUAAAAAUGAGGAUAUGAAGAUGUAUAUGUUUAUUUUAGGUGCAUUUAGAGCUUGAAAUCGAUUGUUCAUGGUGGUUAGUGUUUUGAUGAUAAUGACAAUGUUGUAAAUAAAUGAGGAAGAUGAGGAUGAAUGAGUAACACACUUAUUUUCGAAAAAAAAGAAAAAAAUAAAUAAUAAUGAUAUUUUCGUGAAUAACUCGAACUUCUAUGGUGAACAUGGCAAAUGGAAGUUUCAAAAAAGCAUGAAUCAUUUUUGUGUUUGAUUUUAAAUAUUAAGUCAUAUUUAAAAAAAAGCCCUUACGAAUAACUAUUUUCAGUGUAUUCACUUUAUUAUGCUACUAUCGUAAAUAUAUGAGGAACGUUCCAUUUAGAAAUAAAAUAAAGAGGGAUGGAAAAUGAUAUACUCUCAACAUCUAAGAAAAUCAUCCUUUUACAUGUUUUUCUGUAUAAAAUAUAUAUUUACUAAAAGACGAUAGUUACGUAAAAAAAGUUAUAAUAACAUGAUGAGGGGUGAUCAUAUAACAGCACAAUUCAUGGGCAUUCCACACGACUUACCGCCGGCGCUUAAACCCGGCGCCGAUGUCUCACGAGUAGCCAGUUUCGCCGUAGACUACGCUUUUAUACUUGGAAAUGGGACUCGGACUCCUAAAAAUUCUGUAAGCAAGCUUAAUUAUUUAUAUAUUUGUAUAAUAAUAGUAUUAUAGUGUUAUUAUUACUCACUGAUUAGCACUACUAUUAUUUCUUUGUUGGUUGACACUGAAUCAACAAGUGAGGAAAUUCAAUCAGAUGAUAUCAAAUUGGAAAGAAGAUGAUAUUCCCAAAUCAUUGUUUAUGAUAUCCACUGGUAUGGAAGAUUACUACAACUUCACCAAAACCUAUCCUGAUGCCGAUGCUUCUGCUCAACAAGCUUACGUCAUAUCAGUCAUUAACCGACUAAAAUAUAAUCUAGAAGUAAGUCUUUCAACCUAAAAUUAAUGGGAAAAUGAUUUCGUGACUCGUGAGUAUUGAUUAUAUUCGUUACUAUAAAAUAAUUAAUGUUGAUUGCAGUUGUUGUAUUCAUCGAGAUCAAGUAAGUUCGUCGUACAUAAUGUAGCGCUAUUAGGUUGCUUACCUAUCGUGAGACAAGAGUUUAAUACUGGUUACGAGUGUUACGAGAAGUUCAACGGUUUGGCCAAAAAACACAACGCUAGACUCGGACCGAUGCUGAACAAAUUAGCCAAAGCCAAAUCUGGUUUUCAAUUCACACUUUUUGAUUUCUACAAUGUCCUUCUUCGCAGGACACAAAGAAACAUGAAUUACCGUAAUCCGUAAGUACUAUAUAUAACUCUCAAAAUAUUACACUAAUGCUUAGUCAAGCUCGCUCUUGUUGUGUGACUAAUUAGGGUUCUCCUUCACGAAUAUAUCGUAUUGCGGUAUUGGGUCGCACAAUGCGCAUGGUUGUGGUUUACCUAACGUGCACUCGAAGCUAUGUGAGUAUCAAAGAUAUUAUCUUUACUUCGACGCACGUGACGAUACCGAGAAGGCACAAGAAUCAUUUGCUCAUCUUCUCUCUGGAGCCGACCCAAACGUUCUGCAACCCAUGAACAUUCGUCAGCUUAUUACCUAUCCUGUUAACGACGAUAUGUCUGAGUUUUGGAAAGAACCAGUGGAGGAGAGAGAGUUUAUUGUCAGACCAUGGCUUUGACGUUGGUGCGAGUGGAUCUAUGCAGCUCGUCUAGUUUCGAGCUUAAUAUUUACUCUCUAAGAUCACGCGCAAGUUGAACGUUGUGACUGUUAUUGUAACUAAAUAAAAUGUUGUCCUCUGUUUUUAGUUUUUUUUUUGUCACAAAUUUCAUUAAUUCAAAUCUAAGAAGUAUCAACGAUUACAACCGGAGGUAAGCUCGACGGUACGAGUAAAAAAUUAAAACAUAUGAUAGAAGUGUUAAAAGGAGAGACUUGCUCGAAGUAGAGAAACCUGCAGAUAAUCUUCACUUGAAUCCUUGAAACUACAGCUCAAAAGAGCUUCAAAUAGUCUGAAACGACGUUGAAAUACCCUAGUGAAAGGGAUUUGGAAGAGUUCAAUACCAGAUUGAACACCCGAAAUGAUUCACCUCUCAUGGAGAGGGAUGCAGGAGAGUCUUUCUCAACCGCAAUAGUAUCAAAAGGCUUUAUGUGCCUGGAUUUGGCAUUGAAACGCAUACUGACAGCUCUAACAACCACAAGACUUAUCCAAGAGACUAGGUGAAUCUCCAACUCUAGCUUCACUUUCAAAAGAGUGCUUAGGACAAUCGAAUUUGGUGACGAAGCAUACAGUUUAAUCGGGUUAGAAACUCGGACCUUGACAUUACCGUGUCUAGGCCAACUUGUUGUAACCGAAAGAAACUUAAGCAAACUGUCAUCGUACUCGUUUCUGUUGAGCAUGUGUGAGUAAACAUUGGAUAAGAGGCAAGGAGCUUUGGGAUGGUCGGGUUGAAGCCUUAACUACUUGGAUAUAGGAAUAAGGUUUCGAUGAGAUGCAGGUUGAGUCGUAGGAGACGACCCUGUGAGUCCCCGCUGAGGAAGAUCUGAAGGUUCCCGCUUGAAAACGGUAUGUGGCGUUGACGGAGACUUCGGCGGUACACAGUGCGGAAGUUGAGUAAGCUUUCCAACUAGAAGACCGGUAAGGUUGCGCUUGAAGAGAGGUGGAGGAGCUAGUAGCAUGUUCGGCGUUGCAGAUCUGGUAUCUCCAGAUCGGAGGAUGGAAGAGGCUAGGGCCUCCACCGCAGCAGUAACGGGCCUGGCCCAUGAACAACAAAUCCUUCGCAUCCCUGACCCUUCCGAUAUCACGACUAGAGAAAUGAACGGUUUUGGGUGGUCGCUGGAGGAAGGGAGGGUACUGGCGCCUGAGGAGCAGGGGGCAUUGAGAGGUUCCCCAGAGCAGACGAAACUUCCGGCGAGCCAAAUCGGAGGUGUCUCAAGAACUUUGCCGGAGUGGCGGAUUUUUUUGAAGAUAUAGAUCUCUGGAGCACCGGUGGCGGAGAGAGAGGCACGUGAACGCGGUGGGAGUAGAUACCAAGUCCGUACGGGGAGCAUCAGAGCAUCGUGUGAGGCGAAGCUGUUCGACGCCGUCGGAGAAGACAUCAAAUCUGACUGAGAGCUGAGCAAAAAUGAACAAGAAGACUCGAACGAGAGGCAGACUAAGUACAAAACAAAGAGAGGAGGA